CGUCAAAAAUAAAACAACAACUAUCAAACUCUGUAUAAUUUCGUUAAGCAUUGCCGACCCAAAACAUUAAGAAAUCAACUUUAAUACCAAAAAGCCAACCGACCGACAACAUUGCUAUAUCAGUGUGCAACGAGUGUGUGUCUCUGUGUGUGUGUGUGUGUGAAUGAGCAUCUCUUUCAAGAGUUGAAACGCGGCAGCUGAGCGAAUCACAGAAGAGACACAACAUUUAACAAAGUUCGUCUUUGAUCGUUCGUUCCCAGUGAGCUUAAGUUGUUGACGUUAGCGUCUAAAGUGUCUCCGUCAACGUUUUGCUUGGCUUAAACAAAAAACGUUAAGAUUUAGUACCAAUUCGUCGUUGUACUGAAACACUUGAUUGUGAGGCGUGAAGCGAGCGCUGAGAACUUGCAAAAGCAACAAAAAACAAAAAUUGUAACUAAACAAAAAAUCUAAAAAAUUAUAUUCUUAAGAUUUCAAAGUUCGAAGCUUAACCCCUUAACGGUUUAGUAAAGAGACGAAAACGAAAUAGAAGCAGAAGAUACAAAACAAGUGUACGCAUUUGCGUGUGUGAAAAAUAAUUUUUUUAUUUGUUUUUGUUGUGUUGUGAAUCGAAAAAAAAUAAAAGCAGGAAAUUAGAAAUACCGAAAUAAAAAAAUACAAAAAAUUACAAAAAAAACAUAUCGACAAGUCGACAAAUAAAUAACUCAAACACAAAAUUUGCACAUCAUGCUAAUAACAACAACGACCGAUCCAGUAAUGGCCACAAACAACGAUGGCGGAACAGGGCCGUGGCAACGUAAUGUUCAAGCGGCUGUCUCAGUGCGUCAUGCCUUCAAAACAUAUGGCAAAAAGAAGAAUGCCGUUCCAGUAUUAAACAACCUGAAUAUGACAGUCCCAAAAGGCACAAUCUAUGGCCUGCUGGGUGCCUCGGGUUGUGGUAAAACUACUCUGCUUUCCUGCAUCGUUGGUCGUCGUCGCAUCGAUUCUGGCGAAAUAUUCGUUUUGGGCGGUAAACCUGGCUCUCGCAUUUCUGGUGUUCCAGGCAAACGUGUCGGUUAUAUGCCACAAGAGAUUGCCCUAUAUGCGGAAUUUUCCAUACGAGAAACCAUGAUGUAUUUCGGUUGGAUUUUUGGCAUGGAAACCAAAGAAAUCGAUGAACGUUUACAGUUUUUGUUGAAUUUCUUGGAUCUACCGUCAGAAAAGCGAUUGGUGAAAAAUCUUAGCGGUGGUCAACAGAGGCGUGUUUCAUUCGCCGUAGCCCUUAUGCAUGAUCCCGAACUGUUGAUUUUGGAUGAGCCUACAGUGGGUGUGGAUCCACUUUUGCGUCAGAGUAUAUGGAAUCAUUUGGUACAUAUUACAAAAUCGGGACAGAAGACAGUUAUUAUAACGACACAUUACAUUGAGGAAGCCAGGCAGGCGCAUACGAUUGGUCUAAUGCGUUCGGGCAAUUUACUGGCCGAAGAAUCACCCAGCGUUUUACUAUCAAUGUACAAAUGUAUCAGCUUAGAGGAUGUAUUCUUAAAACUCUCCCGCCUGCAGUCGCAGAAGGGCGAUGUAUCUCAGGUUAACUUCAGUAAUAAUAUCUCAUUACAUGCCAUGGGCUUCGGCAGCAAAAUGGACAAACCCGGUUCCAGUCAAGAAGGCGGCGUUGUCGGCCUCAAUUUUCAUCAGAGUAAAGAAAUCCUAAUCAAUGACACCAAUGGAUCCAUAUACACGCUUAACCAAGAACCCUAUGAACGUCCACCGCCGAAGAAAAACAACCCAAAUGAUGAGGAAAGCUGUCAAGAUUGUUAUGCCAAUUUGUGCAAUGUUACAUCGAAGGGCAAAAUUAAAGCGUUGCUCAAUAAAAACAUGUUGCGUAUGUGGCGUAAUGUUGGUGUGAUGCUGUUCAUCUUCGCCCUACCCGUCAUGCAGGUUAUUCUGUUCUGUCUGGCCAUUGGACGUGAUCCUACUGGCCUGAAUUUGGCCAUUGUCAAUGGUGAAAUGAAUAAUACGGAAAAUUGCUUUUGGGAUGAUGGCUGCCACUUUACAAACUUGGGAUGUCGCUAUUUGAAACAUCUGAAUCACAGUGUGGAUAAGACGUUUUACACGGACAUUGAGGAUGCCAAGGAAGCGGUACGAAUGGGCAAUGCUUGGGGUGCUAUUUAUAUAACGGAGAAUUUCACAGAUGCCUUUACAGCCAGAGCUGCCUUGGGUCGCGACUCCGAUGAUGAGACCAUUGACCAGUCAGAGAUUAAGGUCUGGCUGGAUAUGUCCAAUCAACAGAUAGGUGUUAUGCUUAAUCGCGACAUUAUGUUGGCUUAUCGAGACUUUGCCAUGGGUCUUCUGGAACAGUGUGGCAAUAAUCCCAAAUUGGGUGAUGUUCCAAUUCAGUUCAAGGAGCCCAUCUAUGGUACCAUGAAUCCGUCAUUUACAGAUUUCGUUGCUCCUGGUGUCAUUCUAACCAUUGUUUUCUUCUUGGCUGUUGCCCUGACAUCAUCAGCUUUAAUCAUUGAACGUACCGAGGGUCUUCUGGAUCGUUCCUGGGUCGCUGGUGUCUCACCCGGAGAAAUUCUUUUCUCUCAUGUCGUAACGCAAUUCGUUGUCAUGUGUGGUCAGACGACAUUGGUGCUGGUCUUCAUGUUGGUGGUCUUCGGAGUGACCAACAAUGGCGAUUUGAUUUGGGUCAUUAUUCUGACACUGCUGCAAGGCUUGUGUGGCAUGUGCUUUGGUUUCCUUAUAUCAGCGGUGUGUGAGCUGGAACGAAAUGCCAUACAAUUGGCGUUGGGCUCCUUCUAUCCCACACUGCUGCUGUCCGGUGUCAUAUGGCCCAUUGAGGGUAUGCCCAUAGUGUUAAAAUAUAUCUCCCUGUUCCUGCCUUUGACACUGGCCACAUCGUCGUUGCGCUCGGUGCUGACCCGUGGCUGGGAAAUCGCCGAAACUCAGGUGUAUACCGGUUUCCUGAGCACAUUAGCCUGGAUCGUUGGUUUCUUAGUUAUCACUUUACUGGUGCUGCGUUCGAAACGAGGUUAGGUGGGGGGGGUUUGUUUUGCGUGGGGUAUGGAUUAGCUCAUAUAUAUAGAAACCCUUUUAAAGGCUUUUGUCAACUUGGCAAACUAUAAGUUUAUAAAUCUGUCUCAAUUUCCUUUGUUCUUAAUUUAAGUCAAUUUAAAUUAUUAGUAUUUUUUUCUAUGUAGUUGCUGUUUAAGUCAAAGUCGAUUUCCCCUCUCUCGCUCAAACUGUAACUCUCUCUAUCUCUCUCUCUCUCGUUUUUCGUUCUUUCGGUUACAAAAGCCUUGAAUUUUGUAAAAAUUAUGUUUAAAACCUAAAGAAUAUUUAGUAUAAUUUUUAUUUGUUUAAAUAAUUAAGUUAACAGCAACAACAACAACAAAGUCCUAAUGUUUAUGGCAAUUAAACAGCAAACAGCAACAACAACCGAAGGAACAAGAGAAGCAGAUGACAAAAGGAAACAAAAGACGAUGAAGUCAUUGUCUCUCCGGUUUCGUUUCGUUUCGUUUUAAGUAGAUUUUAGGUUAAGGUGCAUUGUGUAUUCCCUACUGUUUUAACUUUGCAGUGAGGGCUGGUAUCCCUCUAGGGUGGAUUGCCAUCUCUCAUUCUGCCCUUGUAAGGGGCAAAAAUCCCUCUCAUUCUAGUAUCAUUCAUCCAAUAUUUAAGCAUCACGAACAAAACACACAAAAAAAAAGUUCAACAAAAAGUCACAAAAAUCUAGAACUCCCAUUUAAUUUAGAACCAGUUCAUGUUUUUUUUUACAAAUUAUGGUUAAGGUUUUCUUUUGUUUUAUAUGUGUAAGGCAAAGUGUAAAUAUAUAUAAACAAAAAGA